GCUGCCCACGUGACGCGCCGCGGGUACCUGCGCGGCGGGCGGCGGGGCGGGCGGGCAUUGUCCGCCGGCAGCGCGGCGGGGCGGGCAGCCGGGCGGCGGGGCGGGCGCUGCGCCAGCACCGAGCGACGCUGCCUCACCUCACCUUACUCCCCCCCACCCCGUGUCCUUCCUCCUCCUCGUCGUCGUCCUCCCCCUCCCCGCCGCAGCGGCCCCCUCGAGCGCCCGCCCUAAGAUGGCUGAUGGUGGGCGGUGAGGCGCCGCGCGGGGCUGCGGGCGGCCGUUGCCGGCCGGCGAGAAGCGGGGGCGGCUGAGGGGCGGCCCGGCCCGGCACCACACGGCCCGGCACGGGGCUCGGUCCGCGCAGCGCCAUGUCUGCCUUCGCGCUGGAGGAGACGCUGGAGGCCGACUGGGUGGCCGUGAGGCCUCACGCCUUCCAGGAACGCGAGAAGCACAAGUUCGUCUUCAUUGUGGCCUGGAACGAGAUCGAGGGCAAGUUCGCCAUCACCUGCCACAACCGCACGGCGCAGCGGCAGCGCAGCGGGUCCCGCGACGUGCGGCGCGCCGGGGCCGCGGGUGGCGCCGCGGAAGACAUCGAAGUGCUGGAGCUGGGCAGAGAGGAGGCGGCCGGCUCGCUGUCGUCGUCGCCGCCGCCGUCGCCGCUGCAGGCAGCCGAGCCGUCCGCUCCCGACGCGGAGCCGGCGGGGGAGGAGUGCAGCUGGGCCGGGCUGUUCUCCUUCCAGGACCUGCGAGCCGUGCACCAGCAGCUGUGCUCGGUGAACUCGGAGCUGGAGCCCUACCUGCCCGCCUUCCCCGAGGAGCCCUCGGGCAUGUGGACAGUGCUGUUCGGGGCCCCCGAGCUGUCGGAGCAGGAGAUGGACGCGCUCUGCUACAAGCUGCAGGUCUACUUGGUCCACUGCUUGGACACAUGCGGCUGGAAGAUCCUCUCGCAGGUGCUCUUCACCGAGACGGACGACCCCGAAGCGUACUACGAGAGCCUGAGUGAGCUGCGGCAAAAGGGGUACGAGGAGGUGCUGCAGCGGGCCCGCAGGCGGAUUCAGGAGCUUCUGGAGAAACACAAAAACACAGAAAGCAUGAUUGAGCUGCUUGAACUGUAUCAGAUGGAAGAUGAAGCCUACAGUAGUCUUGCAGAAGCUACCACAGAGCUCUACCAGUACUUAUUACAACCAUUCCGAGAUAUGAGGGAACUUGCCAUGCUUAGAAGACAGCAGAUAAAGAUCUCAAUAGCGAAUGAUUACCUAGGCCCCAGAAGAAUUGAGAGUCUGCAAAAAGAAGAUGCCGAUUGGCAGAGAAAAGCCCACAUGGCUGUGCUUUCUAUUCAAGAUCUUACAGUUAAAUACUUUGAAAUAACAGCUAAAGCACAGAAAGCUGUGUAUGAUCGAAUGCGAGCAGACCAGAAAAAAUUUGGUAAGGCAGCAUGGGCAGCAGCAGUGGAACGUAUGGAAAAGCUUCAGUAUGCGGUUUCUAAGGAGACUUUGCAGUUGAUGCGUGCUAAAGAAAUCUGUUUGGAGCAGAAGAAACAUGCAUUGAAAGAAGAGAUGCAAAGUCUGAAGGGUGGUACAGAAGCCAUAGCCCAUUUGGACCAGUUAGAAGCUGAUUAUUAUGAUCUACAGCUUCAAUUAUAUGAAGUGCAGUUUGAGAUCCUAAAAUAUGAAGAGCUACUGCUGACAGCACAACUUGAAAGCAUCAGAAGAUUGAUGUCAGAGAAGAGAGAAGAAGUGGUAUAUUAUGACACUUACGAAAGUAUGGAAGCCAUGCUUGAAAAAGAGGAUAUGGCAACAUCUGCACACUUGCAAAAGGAGGAGCUGCAAAAAUUGCAACAAAAAAUUCGCCAGCUGGAAGCAAGGCGUGGACGUAUUUCAGCCAAGAAAGCCUACCUCAGAAAUAAAAAGGAGAUAUGUAUUGCAAAGCAUAAUGAAAAGAUCCAGCAGCAUCACCAGAGUGAGGAGGAGUACAAAAUGCACCAUAAUGUUCAGCUAAAGCGAGAUCAACUACAAGAUGAAGAGGAAAGAAAGAGCUCCUGGGUUAGUCAGGAACGACAGAAAACACUGGACAGACUUCGCACAUUUAAGCAGCGGUACCCUGGGCAAGUAGUACUUAAAUCAACCAGACUACGACUGGCUCAUGCAAGAAGAAAAUGUGCAGCCAGUUUGGUGUCCUCUGUAGAUCAGCCUCAAUCUUUGCCAGCAACCAUACAAACACAAGAUAAAAGUGAAGAGGUGGAAUUGGAAAAUGCAGUUCAGCCUUUGCAAGUGCAGGAAUCCACAAGCUUAGAACAACUUCAAGAUGUCUCGUUACCUCCCAAUGGUGUUACCUCUGAACUGCCUCAUGUUAGUACUUCUCCACUCAUCAGUGAUGAGUUUCAAACAGAGACUGAUACUGUAGUACCAAUUCCACCCCCUUUGCCUCCACCUCCUCCACCUCCACCUCCACCCUUGCCAUCAAAGGAAGAUGCCACCAAAUCCUUAGAGAAAAGUGACGGCUUUGUUAAACCUCAAAGUGAAGAGAAGGGAGUCCAGCACUCUUCCAGUGUCCCAACUGCACAUCUGUUUGACAGCAGUCAGCUAGUCAGUGCCAAGAAGAAGCUUAAGAAGACAGGUGAUCUAGAGGGUUUACAGAGAAGGAGAGUGAGUUCCCCGAUGGAUGAAGUGCUGGCUUCCUUGAAGCGUGGGAGCUUUCACUUAAGAAAAGUUGAGCAGAGAAGUCUCCCUCCUUUUCCUGAUGAAGAUGAUAGCAAUAACAUCUUGGCACAGAUCAGGAAAGGAGUGAAACUGAAGAAAGUGCAGAAAGAUGUUCUGAGAGAAUCCUUUACAAUUCUGCCUGAUACUGACCCUCUGACAAGGAGCAUCCAUGAAGCAUUGCGACGAAUUAAGGAAGCAUCACCUGAAUCAGAGGAUGAAGAGGAGAGUUUGCCUUGCACAGACUGGGAAAAUUAACCUGUAAUUAACUUACAUUUAAAAAAAUCUAUUUCUUCAACAUUUUUUAUAACUAUAGCUGCUAAGCCUCAGGUUAUGCAAUCUAGGGGACAUAGUACGAAUGUGACUAAACUGUCUGAUGUACAUGACAAAACAUGCACAUAUGAACUUAGUAUCACUGACUUUUCAAAAGAAUUUAAGGUUUCUAUUAAGAAAAAGUUUUAUAAGGCAACAUCUUAGUCCUGUUCAUGUUUGAAUACUUUUGCUGAAUAGUGACAGGACUGCUCCUAUAUAAAGCUCUAUUUUAUUUAGUAAAUUUGAAGGGACUGUUUGCAGCUUAUAAAAUAGCUUAAAAAUGAAUUUUAGUAACAAAGCAGCACAGUCACUCUUGGACAUACCCUAUAAUUAUUUUAUAGUUACCUUUGGCCUUGUAAAAAUGUAGUGUUUACUACUUCAGACUGAAUAGCUUCAAACCAAGGAUGAUUAGAUUUGACUGCUGGACACACUGAAAUCUCAUUGGUUAUCCUGUGUGACUGACUCUUUGAUAGCUUGGUUUCAAUUUGUGAACAUUCUGACUCAAUUGAAUUUCUAAACUAUAAACAGUAAACGUACAAUUUAUGCUUCUGCUAUUCAUACAAAUCCCAUUAACUUUAUUAAACUACAGUGCCUGAAAGUACAGAUAUUAGACUUCAGCAGAUGAAGUUAGUGAUUUCAGAACAAAAUAGAGAUCAGCAAGAAAGGAGUUUUCAAAUUUAAGGCUGUAUCAGCCUUAAUUCUUGAUUACAACAGCACCGUCCUUCUCUGGUGAUUCUUUUCUGCUACUGGUGUGCAGAUGAGCUUAAGUCUGAAUGAAAGGUCCCACUAAACUUAUUUGCGAGUAUUUAAAAUCUGGAGAGAAGAGAGGUGUGACAAUCUCUAAAGAAUUUAAAAACCUGUUCAGAAAUAUGGAAGAUAAAUAUUUACAAUCCUUGCAACACAGCUACCAGUAGGAAGAAGAUAACCUUUUUGGAUGCUUUCAAUCACACAAUUCUGGUUAUUUUUUACUGUAGCUGGAGAGUGGCUAAUUGGUACAGCUAUUUAAGAAGUGAUGGUGAUGUAACUCAUCAUCUGCUGAAUAUUGUUGCGAUUAUAUAAUACUGUCUCAAAUUGUUCACUGGUAUGCCAUUUUCAAAUAAUUCUAUUUAAUUUUUUUUUUUUUUAAGGAAAAGAAAUGUUGAUUUUCUCAUGAAAUAGCAAAUCACUAGUGUGGCCAAUACCUACUGUUUAACUAUGGCAUGUUUCUACUAUCUGAAACAUAAUACUUGGAGUUAAAAUCAAGGAGUGCAGCUGUACUAAACUUGUGCUGAAACUCAAAGUUCUUUAUUAGUUUGCAUACUGAAAACUCCCAUUGUCACAGCCCUUUAGAAAUCAAGUCAUAGCUAUAAGAAACUUGCCUUGGAAUUGACUUGGUUUCUCGAUGUAAUUAUUCCCCCUUAAUUUCCUAGACAACCUAGCAAGAACAAUAACCUAGCUUUAACACUAUAGAACUCGUAAGAGAAUUUAUUCAGAAAUUACUUCUUUUUUUUAAAUCUAAUUGGUGCACCCCCUAACCAUUUUCCACUGGAACUGUGUCCUCCUAGAAGUUUUAUGCAUACAUUGCUGUACAAUAUAAACACACACUUUUCUCUGCUGUCUUUUGCAGCCCUUGAGAAGCAGUUCAAAGUGUGGGUUGAAAAUCACAGCCAUGCAGUAUCUAUAGGGCCCAGUGCUUGUCUCCUUUUUUAAAGUAGUGACCUGAAUAUGAAUUAUCUUGCUAGUUUACAGUUAAGGUCUUUUCCAUUUUUAAGGAUGUACUCCUGCCACAUGCUGAGGUCCCAGCAAAUAGUUGGACCUAAAGCAGGGUGCAGUGUCACUGUUCUGUGUGUUUGCUCCUUGGAGUUUUCCAUACAUCUGGGAUCUGCUCGCUUACCAGUAUCUUAUUUUGUUAUGAAAACAAUCCUGUUUUCAUGAGAUGAGACUUUAAAUUCAAGCUAUGGAAUUAUGUGAAAUAAUCUGAUAGACCAGAAAGUUGAAACAAAGCCCAUCUGAAAUUCAGCUGAAUGAAUACUUUUCAUAUAGAUGCGUGUGCUUGCUUGAUCACAUAGACUGGUCACCCAAAAUUUAUUACACAGGAAUAAAAUCUAACAGAAAUUUGUUGUAGAAUAAUGUUUCUUACUGUUAUCAGUUAUUGCUGUUCUCAGUUUAAUACCAUGCUUUAUUUAAAAAGGAAAAGAUUGAUCUACUGAUUUUUAAGUUAAGCUCUGCAUAUCCAAAAAUAGCUGCACAGAAAUUUUAGGAUCAAAGAAGUUAUAUAAAAGUAUAUUGGCACCUUUAUUACAAACUUUGUUUAAUAUAUACACAUCGUUGUAGGCUAAAUGUAAUGCAAUUAUUUGCCUUAAGAAUGAAAGCUAAAUUUGAUAUGAUUUAUGUUUAUCAAAUGCCAAAAAGUGUCUUAGUGCACGUGCAGUAGAGAAAAGAGUAUUAACAAUGUACACUGAAGUCAUUUCCUUAAUUAUUGAGGUUUGAAGAUAAAAUAAUAGUAAUUAGUUCUUGCAGGAGAUCUAGUCAUCUCUUUUAUUAGGUGCUGUAUGAGUUAACUUCCAUGUAAAGUUAUGUGACUACCUUUUCUUUUAGAGCACUUCCUUCCUUAUGGACACUCUAAGCCACAUACAAUAAUGUUGAGGCAUUCCAUGUAUCUGAAGUACAGCUGAACAACCAUUAUAAAGAUGUAGUAGCUUCCAUACAAUAGUACAGAAUCUUGGUUAUCAAAAGUCUCCCACGCUUUUAUAGUAGUCAAAGAUCACAGUAGUACAUUUGGAGAACCGUAAGUAAUUCGAAGCCUAGGUUCCUGGGAGCACUGGACAAAGUAACUGGGUGAAGAAGUAGCUUUUGUUCUCCCUUGUGUUCUAAUCCUUGUGUGUUCGCUGCCAACAAUACCAAAAGGAAAAAAAGACCCAAUCAUAUGUUGUGCUAAAGUGUCAUUAGGCCUGGUAGCAAAGAGAACCAAGGCUUUUAAAGACGUAGCUUAGUACUGCAUGUUGGAAUUGCCUAAUACAUUGAUCAGAGAGGAUUUGUAAAGCUGUUUAGCUUUUCAGAUGUUCCUUUUUUUUUUUUUUUUUUUUUUUUCCCCAAACAGGUGAUUUACAGCCAGUGGAGUGAGAAAAGAAACCCCAGUUGAAGAUUACUUUUCCUCUUCAUUUCUGAAUAUUGAGAGCCAGCAGUUUUGACCAUCAAUUCCCCAGGAGGUUUUUUUGGCAAAGAAAUAGCCUUUCUUUGGCAAAAGAUUUAGCACCAGGAAAAAAAUGACCUGAAAUGUUACUUUUCAGAUCACUUUUUUCUUUAUUUGUUCCAAAAUUAUGGUUUGAAUAGAAAGCUAUGUUGUUUAGACAUGCAUUUCAUAUAACCAAGAAUGCCCAGUUCUUAAGCACUUUUCAUGUUUGUGUUAUUAAUGUGUGGCCAGUUAAGUGAAGGGAGUAUUUUGAGUUGAGAGAAUAUUUGCAUUUAACUAACUUUGGGAUUUAGCUGAAACAACAACUAUAAAGUCUACCCUUCACUGCACUGAAAAUAUCAUCUGCUUGAAAACCAAUUAAAUAGCUCCUUGCAGAGAAGCUUGCUAUGUAGCAGUGUGAUGUUACAGAAAGAGCAGAAUUCCUAGUUGCACUACUGUAGCUGAAAUUCAGUAUUGUGCAACCAAGUUUUUUUUCUUAGUUUGAAGAAUUGUGUGUCAGGAUGAAAAACAACAUGUGACUACAACAUUAUGAGAAGUAAGAGUUGAAUUCAGUACGUACUCAAGAAUGUAUUUGUUCCCAGUAUGGUACAACUUAGCAAGACAUACUGCAACACCUUUUUAGAAGGUCAUUUGUAAUAUUAAACCUUUCUAAAGUAGACAUUUUCAUGCUUUUUUUAAAUAAUAUUUAGCCACGCUAAACCAAGUUAGUUAUACUUUAUCAUUUACUAUAAGAAGCAAUAUUUUGUAAUUUCAUACUUAUUUUCCUUUUUGGUUUAAAAUGGUUUUGUUUGAAUACUGUAAGCAGCCUUCUUUAAAAAAAGAUCAAAGCACUUAAACAUACUAAUACUUCAGUUGCUUCUCUUGCUAUUUUUUAUUAUUCUCUUUAGUGGCUGCAAAAAAUAUUUGUAUUUCAUACCCAAAAGCCUGUUGUCUGAAAAAAGUUUCUUUUUGAUCAUGACUAUUUUUUUUCAAAGGAGAGUUAUAAUUUCCUCUGCAGUGAAUUCUUAGUAAUAAUCGUAAGCUUCAUAGCUAAUGGCUGCAGGCAGCUACACUUACAAUAAAUAUCACAAUACUAAGAGGUAUGCCAGUACAGAGAGAGAUAGUAUUGGACCAUCUAGAAACUCCAUGUGAUACUAAAAUAAAAAAGCCCAUUAAAUUUUAUGGAAACUAAGUUUUUAAUAGCAUUCUAUUUCUACUGGCAUGACAUACACUGUGUUUGAGAAGUACACAAUCCCUGUCCUUUGUGUAGUGUGUUCCAUUCACUUUUCCUUUUGUGAAGGACAAACUACUAUGUGAAUUACUGUUUUUUUUUUAAGUGGAAUUAUGCAUCGCUGCUGUCACAUAACGGAACAUGUACUGUGUCAACGUUUAUAACAGGAGAUUUCAUGUCUUGCCAUUUACUUUUAUAAACAGGAGCAGGAGUACUUACCUUAGCAACAGGCUAUGUAACCUACAGGAACCUCAGAUGGUGGACCCUUCCGCUGUUUCGCUGUGGCUGUCCUGAAGUUAAAGCUCUAUCAAACAUCUCAAAUGGAUGCCACUUUACCCUUGGUAUUGACAGGCAUUUUCUUAACCUUGUUGCCUUAUUUAUAGUUAGUGAACAUUCAUUUUCAAAGUACCCAUGAGCAGCAUUAUUCCAGAGAUGUAUUGAUUUUGCUGUAUGUAUUCGUUGCCAGGUCUGUAUGAUUCUCUUCUGAGAAGAUCAGCUCUAUAAAAUGUUUGAUAUUGGCUUUCUAAGGACCUAAAACCACAAGGUAUAUUUUUCAUAAACCGCUCCUCUGAACUCAAGAGUUAGAUGGUGUGGUUAUAAGCUGUCUAAUACCACGCUCAUGCAGCAAUAAUAGUAAUUUCAAAGUUUAUCAUUAUCAUCUGCCAUUGCCUGUGCUGUAACCUGUGGCGUGUUUUUGCUCUACGUUUGUCUACACUUCCAGUCAUACCACACUUAAAACUGAGUUAAUCAAAUAAUUUUUGGCCAUAGCACAAAGCAGAAUUAUGAUGUAGAAUGGUAAUUCAAAUUAUAUAGUUAAUCUGAAUCUUUGUGCUAUAUUAAUUAGUGGUGAUUGAGCAAUUUUUAUGUCAGUUUUCUCCUGUUUUCCAGCCUACAUUUUUAUUCCUUACAGUAUGAAUAUGUGAGACUUGCAAAAUUCCAAGUCAAGAGAAAAUACUGUAAUUUUAUGAUACAGGUGCAACGGUCCCUUUGCACAGUGUUUGUGUCUACAGUUUACCAUUGUGUUGUGAUAUAUCUUAAUAGCUCAAUGCUUUACUGUACUACAAUCUUCAGAUUUAUUUGCCAUGUGAUCUGUCGACUUUGCCUUGAAAAUGUGUGCAUGAUGAGAAAAAAUACAAAAUUACUGUCCUUAAUCUGUUUUAUAUUUAGUUGAAAUCGUAGAUUCCUGUAGUAGCUUAGUUUAUAGAAAUGGAUUUCUCAUAGUAGCAAGUGUUUUAUGUGAAUAUGAAUAGAAGUCGUUGUGCUGAGCAAAGCAGUUUAUAUCAGUUCAGAACUGCCAUCUUCCAUGUUGAAAGUAAAUGCUCUCCCCCUCCCCCCCCCCCAACUGCUUGCUUGAUUUUAAUCUUCCAUGAGUCCCUAGAUGUCACAGUUUCACAUAAGUCUCCAUUGUGAUAUAAAAAUUGUGCAUAUGUGGAGUACAGUUAAUGCAUAAAACUUCCCAUCCUUCUCUGCAAUGUGAAGUUCUGCAGUAGGAUGGCUGGAGCAGCAAAUGGGGGAAGUAUAUCCACAAGAAACUUAGAGAAAUUAGGACAAUCCUACAUGAAAUUUGGUUCCUCCAUAGCUAAGAAAAGUUCUGAUUAAUAUAUUGGUCCUUGAGAAAUUGUAGCAAGCAUCACAACAGAAAAAAACAGUUAAACAUAUGCACAGAAAGAGAACCUCAUUGUGAUUGGUGGCUGCCUUUGUCUGUUGUUAGUCAUUUAUCUUAAGCAGUGUGUCCAUUUUCAGGCUUUUUCAAUCUUUAGAAAUUGCUUUCUUGCUUCAAGUUAAAGCUGUUGUAGUAUUGUAUAACUGAUCCAGUGAGAUAAAGAGUUGGAGUACAUAAUGUUUAUUGUGUAAAUGCUUGUUGAGGACUGAAAAAUCUUGUAUGAGUGGGAACAGGAAAUACUGAAUUUCUGUUUACGUAACCAAAAUGUAAGGUAAACAGGACGUUUUUCCUCAGAAAUUGAGUUUGCAUCAACAUGAAUUUCUCCAGAUCCUUUAAAAAAUCACCAAUAUUAUUAGUUUGUUAACUUUCUUACUGUUCUUGUGUCUUAGUUAAAUAACCUGUCUAGGGUAGAUGCUUCUUCCUUAAGCAUCACUUCUGAUUUUUCAUUUUUUAAAUCUGAUAGUCUUCAUCCUACACCAGACAGCUUUAAAACAAAUUAGUAUGAUUAUAGAUUGUGUUCUUUUGUGGCUGCAUCAGGGGUAGGACUCAACACACUUCACUACUUUAUUUGUAAAGAAUCAUUUUGAGUAUAAGCAUUAUAUUCUGUAAUGCCUAAUAUUAAAGUAAUGACAGGUGCAUUAUUGAAGAUGAAACUUAUUGACAAGAGGAAACAGAAACUUGUAUUGGUUAAUGUUCCCCUUAUUCAUUUGUUGCGCUGAAUUUCAAGAGUGUAAUUUGUAAAUCAACUUUGUUCAAACAUCUAUCAGAUUUUAUUUUCACUGUAAUGCUUAUGUAAUUAAAUUACCCAUAUAUGUUUCUGGUAAUGAUUCCAUAAGCAUGGACAAUAUAUUGUUAUGUUUAGCACUACAGAAUUAAUGUUAAGAACAAGCGAAGCUUAUCGCAAAGAAAAGGAGCAGAGAGAAGCACCUUACUGGGAGAGCGUGUUGCAUAAUUUCAGUGCUACGGGAGCUGACAGACAGUAGGUCAUUCUAAGCUUGACUGCAAAUUGCUCUUUGGUGUAAGCACAUUGACAUACUGCUAUCAAUACAGCAAUGGCUGUUUUUAAACUAUAAAUAUACUGUAAUUUAAAUUUUUCCUACAAAACAAAUUUAUAUUUAAUUGCUGCCUAAUACAUGUACGUAAAUUUAGGAUUUUUAGCAGGGUUGAGGGUGGGUGGGCAUGCCAGUUUAUUUUGGGGAUGGGUUGUUGUAAAUACAUUUCUUUGCACUUCCUGUUCAGUUUAACUAUUAAUCCAAAACUCCCAGCUCUGACUGUCGUGAGUCUGCAACCUGACACUUAUGUAUUUUUAUUCAGGUCUGCUAUAUUCUGUGGCACAGAGCUUCAGAAUUUGACAGAAAAGGUCUUUCCAUUCUCAAAUGUGAAUACUCUGAUGUACCUCUAACAUGGAAAAUGACCAAGCAAUGAAUUUUACUCUGCUGAGUUAAAUAUUACUGUGGAGUAUUAUUUAAAGCUGAUAUCUAAGGCUGUUAACCAAUGGUGUGUCCAUUUGGGAAAAGUAAGAAAGGGGGAUUGUUAUUUCAGUGGGUAUAAUCCAAACUCUGCAGAGAUUUUAUUCUAGAUACUGUCACCUGUUCAGUAACUAGUUUGCCUUAGACUGGCUUGACUUUCAGAUUCUUUCAGGAGCAUUUUUUUAUUUCUGAAUUACAGAAUAGAUAUUGGGGAUAAGGGACACUUCGUGUGUCCCAGCACAUUACUAUAGUUGCUAUAUGUUUUGGAUUUUGUCUUACGUAUUUAUGAAUACAUCAUUAUAAGAUGAAAGGAAUAUAGAUGGCUGCAGAUUGUCUUGCAUGAAUGACAUCAGUAAAGGUUAAUGACACUAGCUUCUUUUUUUAAGCCUGUUGAGUAAGAAAUAAUCAAACCAGUUUGCCAUUCACUAGCUUUGUGCAAUAUUAUUGGUAGAAUCAAACACUAGCACACUGUGCUUGGCUUUAAGGAAGCUCUUUAACACCAUUAUAUUCAAAAGGACAUAUUAAAUGCAUAUUUUAUUGUAAACAACUGCAAAUUUGCUAUACCUAAAAAUGCUUAAUGGUAUAAAGUAUUAAACAACAAGUAUCUAAGAAAAAAGGUAAAAAACUAAGCAAAAAUUUCCAGCAAUACCUAAAAACUCAAAAAAAAAAAAAAAAAAAAAAUUUUAACUGUCUGCCUUUUGCUCUUUUUUCUUUACUGCGGCUUUUCUGCAAUGCAAGUUUAUUGCUGUGUAUCAUUGUUUUUUAUUUUCUUGACUCAGAAGUUUAAACCUGUACACAAAGUACUGAACUCACCUACUUGUACAUGCAAUGUAACAUCAUACUCACAGUUUUGGUGCUUAAAAAUGAUUCCUUUUUUCUUUAUUAAAGGAUAUUUAUUUGAA